UCAAUAUAUAAAUGUCAUGAAGGUAUAAUUCAGAUGGGUAAUUUUGUGUGAGGGAAGAUGGGAAAUGGGCGGGGCUUAUGGGGUGGAAACUACAUAGGUAAUAAAUAUAAGCCAGUGUCUUUUGUUAAUUUUGAAGGUGGACUUUUAUCUGCUCAUAUGCUUUCUUCUCAUUCUUCAGAUGUAAUCUUAAAUGAUGGUUGGCCUUGUUCUGGACCUCUUUUAGAGUUAGCUGAACGUUUUGCCCAACGAUUAUUACCAGCAUUUCGUUCAAAUACAGGAAUGCCUUAUGGGACAGUUAAUUUAAAGUAUGGACUCAAUAAUUUUGAAAAUACUGUUACAUGUGUUGCCGGUAUUGGAACUUUUAUUUUAGAAUUUGGAGCAUUAUCUCGUUUAACUGGAAUUCCACAUUAUGAACGUAUUGCUUUAAAAGCUUUGGAUUCUUUAUGGAAAAGUCGGUCAGAAUUGGGUUUGGUUGGAAAUCAUAUUGAUGUUCAAACUGGUGUUUUUACUGCUACUGAUUCUGGAAUUGGUGCUGGUGUAGAUUCUUAUUUUGAAUAUUUGGUUAAAGGUUCUCUACUUUUUCAACGACCAAAUUUGAUCAAACAAUUUUAUGAAUUUGAAGAAGCAAUAAAUUUACAUGUACGUAAAGGUGAUUGGUUUAUGUGGGUAGAUAAAGAUAAAGCAACUGUUUCUUUACCAAUAUUUCAAUCGUUAGAAGCAUUCUGGCCAGGAUUAUUGACACUUAUUGGCAAAUUUGAAGAUGCUGCACGUAUAAUGAGUUCUUACUUACAAGUUUUACGGCAUUUGGGACUUCCUCCAGAAUUUUACAAUAUUCCAAACAGAGAACCAGUCCAAAAACGUUUAGGAUAUCCAUUGAGACCUGAAAUGAUUGAAAGUUUAAUGUAUCUUUAUAAAGCAACUGAAGAUUCUGCAUAUUUACAUGUUGCUGCUGGAAUUGUAGAUACAAUUGAACAAUUUACUAAAACUAAAUGUGGAUAUGCUUCUGUUCGUGACGUUCAAAAAUGGACAUUGGAAGACAGGAUGGAAUCAUUUUUUCUAUCAGAGACAAUCAAAUAUCUUUAUUUAAUUUUUGAUGAAAAUAAUUUUAUUCACAAUGAUGGUACAAAUGCAAAACUUUUGGAAACAACUGAUGGACAAUGCAUAAUUGAAGGUUAUAUUUUUAUAAAAAAUUUUUUUGAAAUUUAA